CGACAGGGUGCACGGUGAGGUCGACACCGGCUGGCGCCAAAUUCCUUUUGAGGUCCGCCCCACAUCUGGACGCGGUCCCUUCACUACCUCCAUCCAUCCAGUGGGCCAAGCCAGAAACCGGUGAAUCAUCCUCGACAACUCGGUCUCUCAUCCCCACACCGAUACAUCAAGUCUUAGUCGUUUUAAACGUCUUAAGGAGCUUUGGCGUCCUUACGUGCUUCACCAUCGUGGCUAAGCCAUCCUCUUCUCCGUGUACUCAAAACAGCCUUCUAACAGGUCAUCUGUAUCUGUGCUUGCCGCCUUCAAAUUCAUUCUCCAUACAUCAGACAGAUGUGCUUUUUAAGAACACAUAGAGACCGAAAUCCUUCCUGUGACCUAUGAUGUCCAGCAUUGUCUAACCUUUGCCUCCCUCCAACCUUACCAGUUUAUUCAUCUUAGCCCAAAUUACCCGUUUUUAGGUUUUUUUGUUUUUGUUUUUUUGUUUUUUACUUAUUUUUGGGAGAACGCAAGCCAGGGAGGGGCAGAGACAGGACAGAGGCUCUGAAGUGGGGUCUGGGCUGAAGCCUUACAGAAGCGAUCCUGAUGUGGGGCUCGAACUCACCGGGAGAUCGUGACCUGAACAUAAGUCGAUCCUUCAACUGACUGAGCCACCCAGGUGCCACACCCCUUUUUAGUUCUUGAAAGACUGUAUUAGGCUCUUUCCUGUCUCAAGUCAUUUGCAUUUGCAGCAUCUAAAAAUCCAGCAUUUCCUACGAUUAGCACAGCAGGGGACAGAAGAAAAGGAGAGAGAGAGGGCUCUGGUCAGCCUUCGUCGAGGCUUGCAGCACCCUGAGACGCAGCAGACCUUCAUCUGGCUGGAGGGCAGCAUGCGGACCUUGGUCGGGCUUCUGACCAGCAACCAAGCCCUGUUGCAGCUUGAGGCCGCUCGGUGCCUUCAUGAGCUCUCUCAUUCUGAACAGUCUGCGGUGGCUGAGGCCUGCCUGCCAGCCACUUCCUACCUUCUCACCUACCUCUCCGGUCACAGCUCAGACUUUAUAGAGCUCUGUCUGUAUACACUGGGUAACCUGAUUGUGGAGAGUGAGGCUGUGAGAAGGCAGCUCCUGCCACAGGGCAUUGUUCCAGCCUUGGCUGCCUGCAUCCAGUCCCCCCAUCUGACUGUGCUGGAAGCCCUUGGAUAUGCCUUAUCCCAGCUUCUGCAAGUUAAGGAAGCUCCAGAGAUGAUCAUCCCCUCCGUCUUGGGCUCCACUCUCCCUGAGCACAUCCUGCGACUGUUGCAACCUGGUCCAAAGCUGAACCUUGGGGUUGCUGUGGAGUUUGCCUGGUGUCUGCACUAUAUCAUCUGCAGCCAGGUCGACAAUACCCUGCUUAUCUCCCAUGGGGGUCUGUCCACUCUGGGGUUGCUACUAUUGGACAUGGCUGGAGCUGUCCAGAGAACAGAGGAUACAGGACUGGAGCUGCUGGCAUGUCCUGUGCUUCGGUGUCUAAGCAACUUGCUAACAGAAGCAGCAAUGGAGGUUGUGGGAGGGCAAAAUCAGCUUGAAGACGAGCGUGUUGUGGCUGCCUUAUUUAUCCUUCUGCAGUUCUUCCUUCAGAAACAGCCCAGCCUACUUCCUGAGGGCCUCUGGCUCCUUAACAACCUCACUGCAAACAGUCCUAGUUUCUGUACCUCCUUGCUCUCCAUGGAUCUGAUUGAGCCCCUCUUGCAGUUGUUGCCAGUUUCUAACGUGGUGAGCAUAUUGGUCCUCACAGUUCUGUGCAACGUGGCAGAGAAGGGUCCUGCUUACUGCCAACGUCUGUGGCCAGGGCCCUUGCUCUCCUGCUUGAUUGGUACACUGGCCUUCCCUGACAUUGAGGUAGUCGGCCAGAGUUUAGAGCUGCUGCAAUUGCUGUUCCUCUACCAGCCAGAGGCUGCUAAGGAUUUUCUGCAGCAGUCAGGGCUGCAGGUCCUGGAAAGGCACCAGGAGGAGGCCCAGCUCCAGGAUCGUGUGCAUGCUCUCCAGCAGACAGCUCUUCACCAGUGACCUUUUUGAUGUCAUUCUACUCAUCACCACCACCCUAUCCUUGCCCCAACUUUCUUGCCUAUGGAUCCCCCUUUGAGGUUUUAGAACCGUAAUGGUAUCUCCUGCUCUCUGCUCCUGUGUCUAAGCCAAGACUUUCAAAGCUCAGCUCUUCUUUGACCCAGAACUGUCCAUAUAGGACCAAAGGGGACUUGAUGUGGGCCUGGAAUCAUCCCCCCCCCCCCCCCCCGCCAUUAGCAGCUUGUGGUUUUUGAAGGGACAGAAUAAAGUUUUAUUUUUACAUUAAA